UUCGUUCACCUAGUAAAAACAUGAUUUUCAACAAUAGUUUGUAAAAUCACAGGGUUAAAGUCUGGAAGACCUCACUCCUUGAUAAUCCAUUAAUCUCAGUGAGUACCUAACUACCUGACUUCUUUUGUUCUCUUCCAACACGGGCGUCUCGGAGAUGUGGUUGAGAAAGCUCGUGUGGCGUGAAAUAAAUUAAUAAUUAUACAUUUUAAAAGUGGAUAACCCAAACUCCAUUGAGAUCGAGACCACCCUGUUUAAGGAGGAACCGGCACACCAAACCUUCGUUUUUCUGUCAAAGCUGUCCCCGCUUAGCCAAAAACAGAAAUCACAUCAGCGUUAAAUGUGGGAAUAGUACACUGAGUAUCCGUAGACUACGUGUUUUUCCACCAUGAAGAUCGCGGUGGAGGGUUGUUGCCAUGGCGAGCUGGACAAGAUAUAUGAGACCAUUGGCUACUUGGAGAACAAGGAAGGUGUAAAGGUGGACCUGCUCCUGUGUUGUGGGGACUUCCAGGCGGUGCGAAACGAAGGAGACAUGAAGUGCAUGGCUGUACCUGCCAAGUAUAGAACAAUGCAGACCUUCUACAAAUACUACUCUGGAGAGAAGAAGGCUCCAGUGCUAACCAUUUUUAUUGGAGGGAACCACGAGGCAUCCAACCAUCUUCAGGAACUGCCUUACGGAGGCUGGGUUGCUCCCAACAUCUAUUAUCUUGGUUAUGCUGGUGUUGUCCGCUACAAAGGGAUCCGAAUUGGUGGCUUAUCUGGAAUCUUCAAAUCGCAUGACUAUAGAAAGGGUCACCAUGAAUUCCCUCCAUACAACUCGGAGACUCUGAGGAGUGUUUACCACAUCAGAAAUAUUGAGAUUUUCAAGCUGAAACAGAUCCAGAUGCCGAUGGACAUCUUUAUGACACAUGACUGGCCUCGUGGAAUUUACAAUUAUGGCAGCACAGGGGAACUGUUGCGAAAAAAGAAAUUUCUUCGUCAUGAAGUAGAAUCAAACACACUAGGAAGUCCCCCUGCUGCAGAGCUCCUAGCCCACUUGCAACCCACCUACUGGUUCUCUGCACAUCUCCAUGUCAAAUUUGCUGCACAUAUGCAGCAUCCGCCUAAAGGUAAUGCUGCCCCACGUACAACCAAGUUCCUGUCCCUGGAUAAAUGUCUGCCCUAUAGGGAAUUCUUACAGAUUGUGGACGUCCCAGACAGACCAGGUUCAUCUGAGGGAUUAGAGUAUGAUCCAGAAUGGUUGGCUAUUCUGAAGGCCACUAACAAUCUGCAGAUGACCACCCCCCAACACUGGAACCCCCCACAGAAUAAUGGCCUGCACGUACGGUGGGACUUCAGCGCCUCAGAGGCUGCCAUGAUGGAGGUGGUUAAAGAGCUCAGUGGUGAGCUAGCUAUUUCGGAGAACUUCAGCCAGACCGUACCAGCCUAUAACCCUGCCAAGCCCCAACCUCACACCAGCCCCAGUUACAGCACUAACCCCCAGACCACUGAGCUCUGUGCCACUUUAGGCCUCACAGACAUCUAUGCCCAGGUUGGGCAGGGUGACAGAGAGCAGGAAGGACCUCUGGGUGGUGCUAGAGGGGAGACAGAAGACGAGGACAAUGAUGGACAAAGCACAGGGAGUAUGGAUGAGCCCAGUGAGUAUCCAACUGACACAUCAGGAUUGUCAAAUUCAUAUAAUCCCGAUGAGAUUACGAUAGAGGAUGAGUGGAUGGAGGAAGAAGAGGGAGUAGAGGGCAAGGAAGAGGAUAAAAGUUCCUCUGACUCAAAGGGAGUGAUGACGGAAGAUAAGAGUUCUGAUUGCCUUUCGGAUGAAACACCUACCCUUGGGCGCAUGGUUCUGCCACAGCCCAAAUCUGACACAUCUGACCUCUCCUUCCCUAUGAACUUGCCUCCUCCCUCCCACUCUACCCCUGUGUCAGCCUGGCAUCAGCCCUCAACAAAAAGGGAAGGACUGCGGGAUGCCGGGAAAGAGGAGCCCCAAGCCAUCCGUAUUCCAAAACGUACUAGUGAUGAGUCAGGGGAUGGUGGCAGCACAGACAUUCCCCCAAGGAUCAAACGCAGGAACCAGGUCAUCUACACAGCAGUGGAGGAUGAGGAGGGUGAGGAUUAG